CGUCACGCAACUCAUCCUGUGACAUACAAAAUGGAACGUCGCCCGAGUUACAGAGCGGACGAGAUGUUCAGUGCUCGGACCGUACACACGUGGAUGACGGCAACAGCUGUGUUAGUCACAGUGAAGCUGUCAAGGGUGCGUCUCAGGAUGGGCCGAGGCAAAACGAGAAGCGAUCCCAAGACGGGCUGAGGUCAAAUCGAGUGUCUUUUGUUGGGGAUUUACCCCAAUCAAUUGAGUCCGACGCAGACGACGUCCUCGACCAAUCACAAACCGUUUUACAGAGCAACGCGAUUGCGGAUCUCAUACUCUUAUCCAAGCU